AAAAGGAAAACAAGGGGCGUAGGAUUAGUAGAAAAGACAGAGAGGAAGGGACAUGGGAAGAGGCGAUAAAUGAAAAGACGAAAGAAGAAGACCCUUAACUACUUGUCGUUGUCCAAAAAUCCUGAAUUUUGGUAGUUGAAGUCUUCAACUAUUGAUCGAUCUAAGAACCAACAUCACAGUUCUCUUUCUUUUCACGGGCAUCCAUUUCUUUGAUUGAUUGGUUGAUCGUAGUUUAGUAUAGUUUCCCCUUCCGAAGAAGAUGUUUUAUUCUUCACUUUUAUUGCUUAAUUUCUGAAGCAGGCCAGGUCCGUCCAGCAAUCCAACCUCUCCCCAGUAGCUUACAUAUGGAUCCAAAUGCUUCCAUUGACGAGAGAGAUGGUUUCAGGAAUGGCGUCGAGAAAGUCAAAUCUGUCUCUGAUAAGCACAUUGAUCUCCUCAGGCCAUCUGCUCGAUAUUAUGCAACAUCUAAGGAACUGCUGAUGGUAGGGCAAGUGACAGAUGCGACAGAUGGAGAAAAGGGAAAAUAUACGCUUGUUGGAGAUCCUGAGGAUUUUCAAGGGAUUUAUGACAAACCCCUUCCAUGCUUUGGCUGUGGGAUUGGAUGGUUUUCUUUUCUUUUGGGAUUUGUGUUCCCGUUGAUGUGGUAUUAUGGCACAUUUCUUUACUUUGGAAAUUACUACCGGAAGGAUCCAAGGGAGCGGGCAGGCCUUGCCGCUGCUGCAAUUGGGGCAAUGUCGUUUUCUGUCGUGCUGCUGGUCAUAAUAGCUUAUUGUUCUCUAUUUUAGACUUGGCAAUCCACUUCCAAGUAAGUUCCUAUGGCUUUAUACAUUUAAAAACAGAACAGAUUUCAGUCGCAAGAAAUUGCAUGCGCAAUGUAUAGAUAAAAUGUUCAGGCGGAAGAGCCCAAAGAAUGUUGAUACGAGAUUGUUCCUUCACAGUUGGGGAUUACCUUCACGGCUACAUUGAAACAUAUACAAAAUCCUAAACUUUCUUCCUCCAUAUGCUGGGCUAAAGUCCCAAGUGAAGAAAAUCUUCAAUUAGCAUGAAAUUUACUUGUAAUAUACCAGUGAAAAUAGAGGCAUUGUUUAUAUGCAAUACAUCUUGUGAUUCGUGAAAAGGAACAAUUUGGUUGUUGUUA